AUGGUUUCUACUAAAAAUGCAAUGUUUAUGUUGACGAUAAUUGCUGCGUUUGCUAUCAGUUUUGGGGCUGUUUACAGGGUUGGUGAUGCUUCGGGUUGGCAUCCAAUGUUUGAUUACCAAAAGUGGGCCUCUUCCAAGAAAUUUUAUGUUGGUGACACUAUUCGCUUUGAAUAUAAUGCUAUCUUUCACAAUGUGAUGGAAGUGACAGAACCAAAUUACCAAGCAUGCAAUGCAACAAAGCCAACAGCCACCCACUAUUCUGGCAACGAUUCAUUCACAUUGGAGCAGCCCGGGCACCGCUACUUCCUUUGCGGCUUCCUCAACCAUUGCAGAUAUGGCCAGAAGGUUGACAUCUACGUCCAUGGAGCUUCCAGCCCCAGCCCUGCUCCAGCUAAAUCACUCCCAUUGCCACCAUCUCCUGCAGCUGAGAAUCCGGCUCCUACCAGUGUUAUUACUAAUACUGCUUCAUCACUUCAAAUUUCCAGUCUUCAGAUUGCUACCAAAUGUUUGGCUAUGGUUGUCCUUGCAUAUUUUGUUUGA